GUUGCAUCUGUCACCCCACCACCCUACGACAUCUUAAGGAAUUCUCGGUAUAAGAGUACAUACCUACCAACAGCGAUAUCUGGAUCCUACCUCAAAGCCUGCAUCAUUCAAACCUACGAUUUCUCACCACCACCCAGCGAUACUCGUGAGUUAAGAUGGCUUCAACGGUCGCAGCGAAGAGACUCUUCCAAGAAUAUAAAUCCUUAUUGACCAAUCCACCCGAUGGCAUCACCGCUGGCCCUGUGAACGAGGAUGACCUUUUCAUCUGGGAGGCAUUGAUUCAAGGUCCCGAAGGAACUCCUUUCGAAGGCGGCAUCUUUCCCGCGGAGCUCAAAUUCCCAAAAGAUUAUCCUCUGAAUCCUCCAAAGAUGAAGUUCUUGGGCGAGAUAUGGCAUCCUAAUGUAUACACCAACGGCGAAGUCUGCAUCUCUAUCCUCCACCCGCCCGGCGACGAUCCAAAUCAUUACGAGAGCGCAUCGGAAAGAUGGUCACCCAUACAAAGCGUCGAAAAGAUCUUAAUCUCUGUCAUGUCAAUGUUGGCUGAACCCAACGAUGAGAGCCCGGCGAACGUUGAGGCUGCAAAAAUGUGGCGGGAACGUCGACCAGAAUUUGAGAGGAGGGUACGAGAGGGAGUAAGAAGAUCAUUGGGUCUAUGAGUGCAUGAACGGACCUCUUCCGCAUCGUGUCCCUCAGUCCAACAACAUAUCAUCAUCUUCAGCAUGAUUAUGAGCUUGCAGCUUGACACUGAGACGCGCUGUCAGCCAGUGUUCCAGUCCACCACUCCUCUCGUCAAGAAUUUGAAUUUCUGCCUUUCGAUUGAGCAUGAGCAUGCGACGAAGCUCAAUCAAACCCUUGGCCAAACCUGGCAACACAGAUCCAGACUCGUCUCUCAAUUCCCGGUUCAACAGCAUCGAAACCGCCAGGGUCCGGUCUCGUAUUGACAAGACCAUUGACGUAUCAUCAAAGUCGCCGAGAUUGACCACAUCCUUUGCCUUCAACCCAAUCCACGCCAUCUCGGGAAGAUUGCAGUGCUGUUCCCGAGCCAUCGCCUUUGAUCCAUAGCGAUAGCAUUUCAUAAUCUGUACGCCAUCUGGAUCCCAGUCGAAAAGGCCAAAUAUCGGAACAGCGCUUUGUGCACGGUCAACAAUAAGGCGUAGGAACCGUCGAGUAGAAAGGUCGGGAUAGCCCUUGGCCUGGUGCUUCAGUCAGCGACGAAGUGAAUCCAGCUCAGCACUCCAGUACCGUGACAAGUAAUCCAGGACCGACGGUGGGGUUUCGAUGGUAUCCUCUUUCAGCCAGGCUUUUGAACGUAGCCUGAAAAGCAUCAAAAUCUGUCCGCUCAUACAUUUUCUCUCUUACUUCUUUCUCAAAGACCAAAAUCCACUUCAGAUAUGUGAUAUCUGCAAAUCCGU